AUGACGUUAUUGGUUGAAUCCAUUAAACAUAACUACCCGUAUGACUGGCGAACAAAAACACCGAUCAUAACUCGCCUAUCGGAACAAUGGUUUGUGGACACGGAAAAGCUUGCACAAUCAGCCCUCGAAUUAUACGAAGCCGUCGAGGUGAUUCCCCCAAACCACAAGCCAUCCAUGCUUCCGUUCAUUACCUCUAGACCGCGUUGGUGCAUCUCCCGACAACGUGCCUGGGGUGUACCGAUCCCAGUCCUGUUUCGUGCUGCAGACAAUUCGCCUAUUGUUGACUAUCAAUUCAUUCAACACAUCGCGGACCGUGCCUCUCAAUGUGGAACGGAUUUUUGGUUUCUUGAGUCUGUGCAUGAACUGGUUCCAAAGCACUUCCUGGACAAGUUACGCAACAGCUUUCGAUUUCUCCUGGGAAAUCUGAAUGACUUUGACCCACUUGAACAAUAUCACAGCUUAUCCGAACAAGACCAUACUCCACCUCGUACGGUUAAUGAGCUUCUCUUGUGUCUUGGUCGUUUGGUUUCCGAUCCACUGAGGAAAAAUAAUAAUUUGAGCACCCUGGAUUUGGCGGUAUUAUACUGGCUGGGGCGUAUAGUCUCUUUGGCACUCGAUCAGUCGUAUUCCAGCUUUCGGUUCAACAAUUUGUUAGCCGAAGUGGAUCAGGCCGUUUCUCGUCUGUCCUCUGUUUAUUUUACUUCUGUCAAGGACGUGUAA